AUGGUGGAUCGGCAAAAACCAUUUCUAUUGGUGUUAAUAGCUCUCCUGAUUUACCCAGACGAUAUCUUCGGCGGUGCUUUUCCACCGGAAUUCGCUGGUCCUAUCACAAAUCUAACGGUGCCGCUCGGAAGGGACGCAACUUUUACGUGCCUGGUCAAACAUUUGGGAGGAUACAGGGUUGGCUGGGUGAAGGCGGACACUAAGGCUAUUCAGGCGAUCCACGAUCACGUAAUAACUCACAACAAGAGGAUCUCGGUGUCCCAUAGCGAUCAUACAAUGUGGAAUCUUCACAUAAAAGGCGUGCAACAGGAGGACGAGGGUCUCUACAUGUGUCAAAUUAACACGGAUCCCAUGAAAAGUCAAACAGGCAUGUUGUCGAUCGUGGUGCCACCAGAUUUCAUUCCCGAAGAGACAUCAAGCGACGUAAUGAUACACGAAGGAGGACAGGUGAAGUUAACGUGCCAUGCAAGAGGCGUGCCUCCACCCCGCGUGUCGUGGCGUAGAGAAGACGGGCAGAACAUUAUAAUUCGGAAGCCAUUUGCAGGAAGCGCCUUGAACCAGAAGUCUCACGUGUCUUUAGUGCCCGAGUACCAAGGCGAGGAGCUAAAGCUGACGAAGAUCUCGAGGAACGAGAUGGGAGUUUAUCUCUGUAUCGCCAGCAACAGCGUGCCACCGGCGGUCAGCAAACGUAUUUUUAUCAACGUUCAUUUUUCGCCGGUAAUUCAUGUACCUAAUCAACUGGUCGGUGCUCCUCUUGGUACAGACGUGGUCUUGGAAUGUUUUGUCGAGGCUUCGCCCAAGUCCAUUAAUUAUUGGGUCAAGGAUAGCGCGAUGAUAAUAUCGAGUCAACAACACGACGUGCAAGCGAUCAUGAAAUCGCAGUUCGAAGUUCGAAUGGUCCUAACCAUUCGCAAUUUGCAGAAGCACAACGUUGGAACCUAUAAAUGCGUCGCCAAGAAUUCACUUGGCGAAGUUGAGAGCAGUAUUCGAUUGUACGAAAUUUCAGGUCCGACGAAAACGCAGACUGUGGCUAGGCCAUCUUUUUACGACGAGGAGGAUGAUAUCGUUUAUGGUUCCGCGGAGAUGGACAAAAUGGAGAACAAACCACUGUCAGUGGACAACACGAUCAAUGGGCACAUGGGUUAUCCACCGGUGGCUACUCCAGCACCCACUGUAAGAAUCGGCAAGAAGAGGCCAACGAUCAGCAUGAGUUCGAACGCGAUUCAUCAUCCAUCCUCUGAUUCGCUCGUCGUCGUUCUGAUGCUGAUCGUCGUCCGUCAUAGAUGCCAGUGA